CGGUUUUUGGGUGGUUUUUGGUAUACGUCGACAACAAAAAUGUUUUUUUCCUAAAAUUUAAGCAAAACUACAGUUAUUCUACACUUGGAAUAUGAAGAUCUGAUGAUUAAGUACCCCGACAAACGGAGGCUCCUCUAGAAACCAACCAGUACAAGAGUUGUUUGUGAUAUUUUCAAGUUUUUAAUCUCGCUUUUAACCUAAGAGCUGUGUAGGUGUAAAAAAUGUGGUUCUCUGACAAAAAGGGGGCCCAGACCUCCACUCAAGACUUGAAGAAAAAAGAAACCUUGCUCACUAUUUCCAUAUUGGCUUUAGCUGCUAUUCUGUCAUUUGCAACAAGACUAUUUUCUGUGCUUCGCUUCGAAUCAGUUAUUCACGAAUUCGAUCCCUACUUCAACUACAGAACCACCAAAUAUCUAGCUGAAAAUGGAUUUUAUGCUUUCCAUAACUGGUUUGAUGAUAGAGCUUGGUAUCCUCUAGGAAGGAUUAUUGGUGGAACAAUUUACCCAGGUCUAAUGCUAACAUCAGUGUUCCUAUUUAGACUAGGCCAGCUUUUACAUAUUGAUAUAGACAUCAGGAAUGUUUGCGUAUUUCUGGCUCCACUUUUCUCGUCUUUCACCACUUUAAUAACAUAUUUACUUACAAAAGAGAUUUUUGAUAAAGGUGCCGGUCUUACAGCCGCUGCAUUUGUGGCAAUAGUACCUGGUUAUAUUAGUAGAUCUGUGGCUGGUAGUUAUGAUAAUGAAGGAAUUGCAAUUUUUUGUAUGUUGCUAACAUACUAUACUUGGAUUAAAGCUGUGAAAACUGGUACUGUAAGAUGGGGUACUUUAGCUGCACUUGCUUACUUUUACAUGGUGUCUUCCUGGGGUGGCUAUGUUUUUCUAAUCAAUUUAAUACCCCUUCAUGUAUUAACUCUUAUGAUAACAGGAAGAUUUUCUCAUAGAAUAUAUGUUGCUUAUAGUACGUUAUAUUGUGUGGGUACCAUAUUGUCUAUGCAAAUUUCUUUUGUGGGCUUCCAACCUGUACAAAGCUCUGAACAUAUGCUGGCUUUAGGAGUUUUUGGUCUAUGUCAAAUAUUAGCAUUUGUUGAAUAUCUUAAAAGUAAAUUAUCUUCAACAGAUUUUGAUACAUUACUAUCUUUCGCCUUUAGUACAGUGGGUGCUAUUUUGGCUGUUGGUUUAAUUUUGCUGUCCUUGUCUGGCAAAGUUGCACCAUGGACUGGCAGGUUCUAUGCUUUAUUAGACCCUUCAUAUGCAAAGAAUCACAUUCCAAUUAUAGCAUCAGUAUCUGAACAUCAGCCAACAGCAUGGUCGUCAUUUUUUUUCGACUUGCAUUUGUUAGCUAUGCUUUUACCUGCAGGACUUUAUUUGUGUUUCAAAGAUCCGACUGAUGCCAAAUUUUUUUUGGCUCUUUAUGGUGCUACUGCUGUCUAUUUCGCAGGAGUUAUGGUCCGUCUUAUGUUAGUAUUAGCUCCAGCAGCUUGCGCAUUAUCUGGAGCCGGAUUGAGUAGACUUCUAAGUAGGUUCUUAACGCCUCUACCAACAAUUCAAAGACGUCAAAGGGCAUCGGUAGCAAACAACGAAAACAGAAAUGUCGUAUCUGCUAGUUUUGCUCUAUUGUCAAUAUUCAUUUUGAGCGCUUACACUAUGCAUUGCACUUGGGUCACAAGCGAAGCCUAUAGUUCUCCUUCUAUUGUAUUGAGUGCCAAAGCUCACGACGGUUCUAGAAUAAUUUUCGAUGAUUUCAGAGAGGCCUACGGUUGGUUGAAAUCGAACACUCCGGAAAAUGCUCGUAUUAUGUCUUGGUGGGAUUAUGGGUAUCAAAUUACUGCAAUGGCCAAUAGGACGGUGUUAGUGGAUAAUAAUACAUGGAAUAAUACGCAUAUUAGUCGAGUAGGGCAAGCUAUGGCUAGCGGAGAGGAGAAAGCUUUGGAAAUUAUGAGAGAAUUAGAUGUGGAUUAUGUGCUGGUUAUUUUUGGGGGACUCACUGGUUAUUCUUCGGACGAUAUUAAUAAGUUUUUGUGGAUGGUGCGAAUUGGUGGGAGCACGGAGAAGGGCAAACAUAUCCAUGAAUCCGAUUAUUAUUCGCCUUCAGGUGAAUUUCGUGUUGACAAGGAAGGAGCUCCGGCUCUACUGAAUUGUCUUAUGUACAAAAUGUGCUACUAUAGGUUUGGAAAAGUCCAUACGGAAGGCGGAAAGCCACCUGGGUGGGAUAGAGUUAGAGGUGCUGAAAUUGGCAAUAAAGACUUUGAACUUGAUGUACUUGAAGAAGCUUAUACCACAGAGCAUUGGCUAGUCAGAAUUUAUAAGGUUAAAGAUCUUCCUAAUCGAGGAUCAUUAUAAGUCUGCUUAUUUUUAAGGAAAUUUGGAAUGUUCCCUGUUUUGUUUUUUUUUUCUGGUCCGAUGUUUGACUUACAAGUAUUAUUUUUGUUCUUUUAGUGAAGGUAAUGUUCUGAUGAUGAAAUUUGAUUUCUCCUGCCAAAUGAAGCUUAAACUUUGUGAAUCUUUUAUGUUUAAAUGGAUAUUUUUGUAAAUUUUUUGUAUUCCAUACUUUACAGGAGAAAUAAUAAAAAAUUAUCCUUAAAUGUAGGGAU